GUCUCUCAACCUCCAAUUCGUCAAAUUAACGAUAACCAACGACAAGAACUUGGGAUGUCUCAUCUCCCAUAUUCUCCUCAAUAAUAUCAUAAUUCAAGACUCUUUGUUUAGUCUUUUUCCCCUAAAUUAAACAAUAAAAUCUAAUUUAUAUAUUUAAUUAUUAAUUCAAAAGUAAUAAAUUUUGUAUUCGAUAAUACCGAUUGGGAUACCGAAGUACUGAUUGGGAUACCGAAAUAUUUAGAGAUUGGGAUUGGGAUACCGAAAUUAUUUAAAGAUUGGGAUUGACUUUAGAUGGUAAUUCGAUAUUCGGAAUUUUAGUAUUUGAUAUUGGGAUACCGAUACCGAUACCGUACCGAUUUCCACCCCUAUAAUCGUUCCCAUAUUUCCCUAGGUCUUCCUUUAUCCUUCCCGCAGCAUCGGCGAAGUCGAUCUGAAGAACGGCCCUACUCCUGCUUCGUUCUCAUAUUUCCCUAGGUGUUCCUUUCUCCUUCCCGCACACUGGCGAAAUCAAUCUGAAGACAGCUUUCAUGUCCGGGUAUCUUCCCAUUCAAUCAAGUCCUCUCUCCACAGAAUGAAAUCAAGUCCUCCCUUCCCUUUCUCCUUCUGCAGCACCGGCGAAGUCGAUCUGAAGAAAGAUUAAAUCCUGCCGUCGUGGCAGUUUCAUUGUCGUUACCAACCGGCCGCAUGCAGUGGAGCAACAAGUGCCUAUAAAUAUCAAGCGAUACUCUCCUACAAGAAGCUGUUGGUACUUUCUCCACCUGGUGCGUAACCAUUAUUUCCAUCUGUUGAAUUGCAAGUGCUGUGAUUGUUACCAUUCUUAUUCUCGUUUCUUUUUGUUUUUUGGUAGGACACUAGAAUCGCUCGCUCCUACCUGUGAAGCUAUUCACCAAUGAUGCAAUGGAAUUUGAUUUCCGCAUUUGCCGUAAAUGGAAACCUCGGAACCCCAACCCAGAUAGAAUUCUACGACUGGAUGUGAUAUAUAUGGCUAGACCAAACGGUAAUUAUCGUACUCUUUCAUCCUUCCCUUUUCAUUUCCGGUUGGAAUUGAACUAGGAUGCUAUUUGGAUCCAAAUGCCAAAAUCCUACAUGGACAGAUUUGACCAACUCGUGGAAGAACAAAAUACAUACACCGUUGCCAACGUUUCCGUCCACCACCAUUGGACCGGCUGCUGAUCAUGUAUCUCCCUUCCUUACCCAGUGAUUAUAUUCCGAUUUCUCAAACACGAACCCUUAUCAUUUUGCUAGGUACUGUUCCUAACCUAUACACAUUUUUUUAUGGGUUGCUUUACAUGAUAUGGGUUUUGUUCUGAAUCCUUGCCUUUUUUGUUGUGAUUUGGAAGGGAAAUUCCUGUUGAAAGUUGUUUUAUGGGGAAGAUUGAUCCUUGAAUUAGAGCAAAUAGUUGAUGCUUCCACAAAUCCGCAAAAUAUUCUGAUCAUACCAUCUGUGAUGGUAUCCGAACUUAAUGGUGUGCCAGACUCUUUACAUGAAUGAGGACUACAUGAAUGACCAUCCUGAAUCUGAUUGCUGGCAAAUCUUAACAAUUUAUGGUCAAAGUUGGUGCCUGGAACAACGUCAUCAGUUAUAGUGUGUGAUUUGAUUAUGCUGAAAUUAUUCAUCGCGUAGGGUUAGUGAGAGUGGUUUCAGAUGAGAUGGGCGCCAUAAUCCAGUAGUCUAUGCUUUUAUUUACCUUUUUAUGGAACACACCUACUGCUUGUGUGUUGGAUUUGGUUCGCAACAUAUAUAUAUAUAUGCUAUUUAUUUGUGAGAUGGAACUCCUAAAUGCAUGCAUCUGAAUCUGAUCACAUUUUACUCAAAGAUUUGUCUUUUCCUAAAGGCCACGGCCGCUGUUAAUGAAGCCACUGUUUGGAUGCCUGUCUUAUUUGUAUUGGACUAUGCCGGUCUAAGUCGGGUUUCAAAACGACCUCUUUGAUUUGAACCUUCAAGAGGGAGAAGAAGAGAAGGAGAAGAGAAGAUAAGAAGUGGAACGAAGGAAGAAAGAUAUUGGUGAGUUAGUAAGUUAGGUAGAUUUAUUUUGUGAAAAAUAAAUUUUUAAUAGGUACAUUUAAGAUAAAUUUCAUUUCUGUCAUUAAAUCGUUAAUUACUAUCUUAUUUGUAUAUAUAUUUAGAAAACGACUAAAAUCGGUCAGACCCCAAUCAAACCAUUAAACAUCAAUCCCCUUUCUUGACCGGCUUAUUGACUUAAACUGGUUUGACAACCUUCAACAAUUAUUAUGUCACUCCUCCUCUCUUAGUUGAAUAAUCAGAGGAGUUAAACGGAUGGAGAUAAAAUUUAGAUGAGGCAAUUUAAUGUAUGGUAUGCUUCCACAAAGCACAAAUGGGGGAAGUCGGGCUUUGGCUGGACAAAUGGAGAGCUGAAAAUUAGAGAAGAAGGACAAUCUAUAUUUCAAUUUAUACGUUUUAAGCCGUCCCACUUUAAAAAUCGUUGAAUUUGAUGUCCCAUUUUGUCCGAUUCUUUACACCACCAAGCUAAACACACUUGAAAAAAAAAAUAACAUCAAUACAAUAUUUAAUAUUACUCCACCAAAAUCAAAACCCUAACCAAUUAUCUGGCCAACGCUAAUUCUCCACGUAAACAUCUUAUCUUUCCUCCACUCUUAUCUUGAUUAGUUACUCCGUACUCGUCUCCCACGGCCCCACACUCUUAUCUUGGUUGUUGUGCCUUCGUUUCCAUCGCCUCCCGCUCUCCCCUCCGAUCGCCAUUCUUUCUCCCCUUCGGUAGUACUUUCUGCUCUCUCUCUCAAAAGAUGGCACCGCCUCCUGACAAUCGCACAAACGAUUCCACCACCAACGCCGUCGCCCCUCCUCCACCCGGCGCCGCCGAUGACCAGCUGGAGUCAAUUAUGCGCUCCGCCCGGCCGUUCCUCCGCGGCGACCUCGAAUCGGUGGACGAAAACCUGCCCCGACUCGUCGCCGUCCUGCGAUCCGUCGGCGCAGGGGAGUGCUGGCACAAGCACGGCAGCUUCCUCGACCACCUCCUCGACAUCUACCGCAUCCUCAAGCUCUGGGGAGCUCCGGAAGCCGUCUGCCUCUGCGGCCUCUUCCACUCCGCCUACUCCAACUCCUACGUCAACCUCGCCAUCUUCGACCCUUCCACCGGCCGCGACGUCGUCAGGGCGCACGUCGGCGACGCAGCGGAGGACCUGAUCCACCUCUUCUGCGUCGUCCCCCGGCAGUCCCUGAUCCACGACGACCUCCUCUUCAGGUACCCCGACGACGCGGAGCUCCGCCGCCAUCUCUCCGAUUCCGAGGCUUCCGUGAGGAAGGCCAAGGGGGAAUUCGACGCAGGGGAGGCGUGGAGGGUGAAAUUGAACUCGAUUUUGCCCAGGGAAGGGGUGAAGGUGAGGCACAUCAAGACGGGGGAGGAGAUUUUGGUGUCGAGGAGAGUUGUGGCGGUGUUUUUGCUGAUGACGAUGGCCGAUUUCAGCGAUCAGUUGUUUGGAUUUCAGGAUGCUCUGUUCGACAACUCCGACGGGAGGCUGGAGUUCGCCGGCAACAAUUUCGGAGCUCUGUGGCCGGGCGACGGGAAGCCGGGGCUGUGGAUCAAUUCGAUCUCGAGGAUGGGCGCUGUUUACUCGCUGAUUGCGAGGGAAGAGGAGAUUGUUGAGAGGGAAUUGGGAAUUAGGGUUGAUGCGGCGGAGAUGGAGAUGGAGCUGGUGGUGCCGCCGGUGUUAAAGAGAUGUACAGAGAUUGUGGACGCCAAGGAGCAGAUGGAGGCGAGGGAGCUGUACUGGGAGGCGGUCGCCGGGAAAGGAUCGACAUCGGAGUUGGAGUUGGAGGCGGCGGAGGAGCUGCUGGUGAAGAGCGUGGAGAAGAAUGCGGUGGUGGGGGAGCCGCGCGUGGUGCUGGCGCAGGUUUAUCUGAGUAAAGGAAGGUUCGAGGAGGCGGAGAGGGAGGCGGCGGUUGGGUUGAGGCUGAUUUUGGAGUGGGGGAGCGCGUGGGAUAAACGGAUGUCCUGGGAAGGUUGGGUAUCUUGGGCCAGAGUUCUGCUCAUGAAAGCCGAAGAGAAGUCCUGGCCCAAUACUUCUUGGGGCAUACUUAAUUUGGGCCUCGUCAGGUAAAAUAUGAAAUUAGUGCGGUCCAGUCCAGGGAGUAACGAAACGAUCCCGUGCUGGCGGCUGUGGCUUGGUAAAGUCGUAACGUCCGGAAAUGUGAUAAAUUAAGUAUGCAAUAAUCCAAGAAUGAAAAUAAUAAUGAUUAUGACAUUUGUACCAUAUAAAUUGGCAUUUGUUAGCUAUGACCAAUUUGUUGUGGCAUGUUCACGGUUUGGGAAACAACUUGGACAGUUUGUUAAUCGUGUCGGCGGCGAAGGACAUUGAUCACAGUGUGGAUUGUCGAUCGUUAAUAGUCUUGUGUGUUACUGUGAAUAGUUUUUGCUGUCGUUGGUCGGGAGAACAGUGUAAUUGCGAUCGAACUUGAUGGAUAUAAAGUGUUUCGAUGCAAGUAUUUGCAUAACAGGGACAAAGUCAUCGAAUUGGAUAUGUACUAGUGACGGGAGGAGCCUCUGGUUUGUGGUGCUAGGCAUGAACAUGUCGGAUUGUAGGAUCAAACUCGGGACUAUACUAGUUGCUAGCUUGGAGAAGCUUUUGGUGCCUAAGCCUAAAAGGAAUGUACACAAAACGUCUUCCGUUUCUUUUCACUCUCGUCAGAAACACACAGUUAUGGUAGACAUUGUGUUCACUUUUCAAUAAGGAAACCGACCUAUGACUCAAGAAGUUACAAUUCUAUCUUUGCUCUAGAUCAAGCGAAUAAUCAAAAGGCAACCUAAUACCAAGAUCACCAGCUAACAAUCUUCAUAGUUAGUAAGUAGCAACCACCCAAAGUUCAUCUAAUGCGAUGGGUUGGAAAGGAAAGAACCCUUAAGUUCUAUCCAUCGUUAUCUUCAAUGCCUUGCACUAAGUCCUUUCCAAUUCCGCUUCGUGACUCGUGAAGAAUUCACACAAUUAUUAUGUUUGUUCAAGUGAAUCGUUUUGGAAUAAUGUUGAAUUGAGUGUUUGAGAUUGUGGAUUUCAUCGCCAGAAAAGGAAAAACGACAUAUUUAGCUAGUAUAUUAUCAAGUGACAGGAAAUUUUUUUAUCAGUUUACUCUCUCCGAUACACCUAAUUAAGAGUUGCCUAACCCAGUGGCAUUCAACUUGGAUUGCUUAUAUACUAUAAGGGCAACCCAAAUUCGUACCAGUGGCACUCACUUCGAGAAGGCUCCAUCAACGCAUCCUACUCGCUACGUCUAACAUGAAAACUAAGAAACAUGUUUUUUUUUCCGCGACUGGGGCCAAAUAAUAAGCCAUCAUAUAACUUCAAGACGUACGACCACUUUAUUGCUCUAUAAAUUCGACCACAACUUCAUCUUGAUAAUCUCGAUAAGCUCUUUUUCCCUCUAAACAUUUGGUCUAAUUCUUCCUCCCUUGAGGAGAACUGGCCACAUAUCUCUCCAGUCUCCUCAGUAGACUUCAACUCAUGACUGGCUUUCUUUCUUAAAAAAACAUCUUAAACAUUUGAGUCGACCAACAACGUUGCGAUGGUAAAUCACAUUUCAAUGAAUGAUUUGCGCAUUC